AUGUAUCUCUCAGAGCUACUUAUCCCACCGGGAUUUUUCAUCUUUUCAACGUUCAUCUUUCUCAUUGCAAUUCAACUUCCCUCCUGGGCUCGCAUUCUAAGUUCACCCUUUAUAUUCGGCACUGCCAUAUAUUCGCUCCAUACCAGCUAUUACUUUGGGCCCCACACAGGUGUGAAUGGGCUAUGGGCACUUCUAAACUGCGUCUGGGUUCUACACGCAGCAAGUACGCUGUUUUUUGAACAGCUGAAGCUUCCUCAAGGUGCUCUACCAUGGACAUCUGCAUACAAGGUCUGGGCUGAUCCACAACGUCAAAUCAACUGGAAUGUGUUCUCAGCAAAAGAUUCCUUCGUCACUUCGUCGGACAGAGUCUUCUUUGCUGUGAGACGGCUUUGUAAAACUAUAAUUUGCUGCCUAUUGCACGUGUGUGUCGUCGAGCCCUUCACGCUCCUAUACUUUGGUCUUGAAGCACAGGACUUUGCGCCAUCACGCCAGGUCUUAUUCAGGCGCUUGCUAUGGCCGGAUGCAGGGCCAGUGAUUGAUUCACGCGAGCUCCAAAUCCGCUUGUUUGUGUCCGUGUCCUGGAUCUGGACGGGAUAUUUGAUGCUUGAUACUUGCCACGUUUUGCUAUCAAUUUUCUUCGUUACGAUAUUGCGCAUUGAUAACCCCGAGGAAUGGCCGCCGUUGUUUGGCAGUCCGCUGGAGGCAUACAGCGUCCGCCGAUUCUGGGUCAAGUUCUGGCAUAGAAUGACGGUCCCAUCCUGCACUUACACUGGUAAGUUCUUUACUCGACGAAUAGCAAAACUUGCACCUGGUGCACGCGCUGAAAAGCUUUUUAUCGCAUUCUGGGCCUUCUUCUUAUCUGCUAUCUAUCAUGCCAUGGCAGAUUGGCAGGCAGGAGAGCCAUGUUGUCCAACGGCUGAUUUUGUUUUCUUCAUGGCCAACUUUGGAGCCGCUGCAAUCGAAACAAUCGCAGUGCCAAUAACUAGCUCGCUUUUGAAAGGGCGGAGUAACAGUCGAUUGUGCCAAAUUCUUCUGUCAGAGCGAGGCCGAAAGCUUAUCGGCUAUGCUUGGCUCCUUGGGUUUUUCUUCUGGAUUGUACCAAAAUGGCAAUACCCAAAGGUCUAUCUUGUGCUUCGAGAAACGGAAGGCUCGCAGUAUCUCAAGGGGUUGAGUCCUCUUUGA